UUAAUAAGGCGAAAUGAUAAUGAAAACAAACACGAAAAUGGAAAACACCACCUCUCGGAACACAUCACCAUCAAAUCAGAGCAGAAGAGAAGAGCAAGAGACCGUCAAUAAUUGAACAUGUUAUAAAUGAAGGAAAUGCCAAUGAGAAAAAUACCAGAGGAAGAAAAAGGUCCACAAACCACUGGCCUGAGGCUCUUAAUCACCAGUAUCUUUUCAUAGGGAGUGGCUAUUUACCCUUGUAAUCUUCAUACCCAUUAACUUGCCCUUUGGGCAAUUUCUAUUAAAUCUGGGAUUAUCAACAUUUGCAUUCUCUUGUAUGCUUCAAGGCCAAGAUUGAAUGUUUUCACAUUUACCCAUCUGCUAUUCUGAUUAACCCAACUUUUUAAUUUUCAAUUGGGAGUUUAGUGGCAAUAUUUUUCAUCCUGUUGGGGGAUUUGAGUUUGAAGAAUCUAAUUGGUUGGUGUAGCAGCCGGUUUCCUCCAGAUCUUUCUAUUGAUAAGUUGGGUGGCAGGCUCUUUUUUGGUAAGGAGGGAAAAUGUCUUCACCAAGCAAAAGAAGAGACAUGGACGUGAUGAAGCUAAUGAUGAGCGAUUACAAAGUGGAGUUGAUCAAUGAUGGAAUGCAUGAGUUCAAUGUUGAGUUUCAUGGUCCACCAAACAGCCCUUAUGAAGGUGGCGUUUGGAAGGUCCGGGUUGAAUUACCAGAGGCUUACCCUUACAAGUCUCCCUCCAUUGGAUUUCUGAAUAAGAUUUUUCAUCCAAAUGUGGAUGAAAUGUCGGGUUCUGUAUGCUUAGAUGUUAUCAACCAAACAUGGAGUCCAAUGUUUGACCUUGUCAAUGUAUUUGAAGUUUUCCUUCCACAGCUGUUACUUUAUCCAAAUCCAACAGACCCAUUGAAUGGAGAUGCAGCCUCACUUAUGAUGAGGGACAAGCAGCAAUAUGAGCAAAAAGUAAAAGAAUAUUGUGAGCGAUAUGCGAAGGCUGAAAAUGUUUCAAACUGUCCUGAAGAAAGUGACGAUGAGGAAGAAGCCAGUGAAGGCGAGUUAGAUUCUGAUGAUGAUGAAGUAGCAGGGCAUGCAGACCCAUGAAGUAGAGAAAGAACUAAACCAAAUCCCUUGUACAUGAUUCAUGAAUUUGUACAUUUUAAAUUUUUUUCUGGAAAGAGUUCCAUUGCACAAACAUUUUUAUGGCAAUUAAAGUUUCCUUUUGUUGACCUCUUGUAGGAAGAUGGGUUCUUAAUCUGUGGUCAAGAGGUUAUGAUUUAAAUUUCACUGAUUUAAUUUCCUCUGCAAAACAUUCAAUUUCCUUUCAACAUUUUACUAUGAAUGGUCAAUUCUUUUCCAAUA